AGUCUAUGCCUCUGUUCUAGGGCCGAGGUUGUCUUGGCCUGUUUUACGUGGUCGCCAAUACAGCGCGGAGGAGCCAAGCGUGCCAGCGCCCGCAGGGUAUAUAUCAUGGCACCUAUUGGAGGGGCGGCGAAAAACAAGAAGGGUAUUCUAGAGCGCCUAGAUGCUGGAGAAAUUGUGAUUGGUGAUGGAGGAUUUGUAUUUGCUCUUGAAAAGAGGGGCUAUGUAAAAGCUGGACCAUGGACUCCAGAGGCUGCUGUAGAACACCCAGAAGCAGUUCGCCAGCUGCAUCGAGAAUUCCUCAGGGCUGGAGCAAAUGUUUUACAGACAUUCACAUUUUAUGCCAGUGAUGACAAAUUAGAGAACAGGGGAAACUAUGUAGCUGAUAAAAUUUCUGGCCAGAAAGUGAAUGAAGCUGCUUGUGACAUCGCAAAAGAAGUGGCUCAAGAAGGGGAUGCUUUGGUGGCGGGAGGUGUCAGUCAAACACCUUCAUAUUUAAGCAGUAAGAGUGAAGUCGAAGUGAAAGCAAUAUUUCGAAAGCAGCUUGACAUUUUUAUCAAAAAGAAUGUGGACUUCUUAAUUGCAGAGUAUUUUGAACAUGUUGAAGAAGCUGUGUGGGCAGUUGAAACCUUAAAAGAAUCUGGGAUGCCAGUUGCAGCUACUCUAUGUAUUGGUCCAGAAGGAGACAUGCAUGGUAUACUCCCUGGAGAAUGUGCUGUUCGACUUGUAAAUGCUGGUGCUUCUAUUGUUGGAGUAAACUGCCAUUUUGAUCCAACUACUUGCCUCAAAACUUUGAAACUCAUGAAGGAAGGCUUGGCAGCUGCAAAAUUAAAAGCACAUUUGAUGUCACAACCACUUGCUUUUCAUACACCUGACUGUGGGAAGCAAGGCUUUAUUGAUCUACCAGAAUUUCCCUUUGCUUUGGAGCCCAGGAUUCUCACCAGAUGGGAUGCACACAGAUAUGCAAGAGAGGCCUAUGACUUAGGGAUCCGAUAUAUUGGAGGAUGUUGUGGGUUUGAACCAUAUCACAUCAGAGCCAUUUCUGAGGAACUGGCCCCUGAAAGAGGGUUUUUGCCACAUGCUUCUGAAAAACAUGGCAGCUGGGGAAAUGGGCUGAGCAUGCAUACCAAACCAUGGGUCAGAGCAAGAGCUAGGAAAGAGUACUGGGAGAAUCUGCUGCCUGCUUCUGGCCGCCCGUAUUGUCCAUCACUGUCACAUCCAGAUAACUGGGGAGUGACCAAAGGAGAUAAAGAGCUGAUACAGCAGAAAGAAGCAACAACUGAACAGCAACUGAAAGAACUCUUCAACAAAGAGAAAUUCAAAUCUAAAGUUGUAGCUUAAAUUAUUAGCAAUAUCAUAUGUACUAAACCAACUCUAUUAAUGGAUACCUGAUAAUAAAUGAAAAGAUACAGUGCUAGGGACAGAAUUUGUUAAUCACAAGCUUAAUUAUAAUAAAUUACAAUUAUGUAAUAUCAUCUUUAUGAAAAGUACUCUUAGCCAUAUGAAUUUAUGUGAAAUUUAAGAUUUUAAAGCACACGUUAACAUUUCAUUAAGUCCAAUUCACAAAAUGUAGAGAAAGUUCUUCAUCCUCUAGUCCUCUUGAACUAAUUUCAAGAAUUCAGACUGCACUAAGAAUUUAAUGGAGAGAGGAAAGUUAUUUUGCCUCCACUGACAAGAUUUGGAGGAUAUUAUAGGGGACAGGAAAACAAGAAGUAAAGGCUGGAGGCUCUGAAUAUAAGAAGUAAAGGCAGGAGACUCUGAAUAUCCAGGUGUUUUAAAACACUCAGGUGUGGCCCAUUUGGGUCUCCCUAUUCAUACCCCUGAAACCUCCAAGAGAGAAAGGGCCAUUCUGCAACUGAAGCACCUUUUCUAUUGGCAGAGUAGCACUUACCAAGUUUCUUACAGUUCUUUAGCUUUUCAGUUGUUAGCUGUUCCCACUGCUAGCAACCCUUCAGUUUCACAGUAAGCCACAUAUAAUUCAGUAGCUGCCUAGUGAAUGUAUUUACAAUUGCAUUUUAGCUUUCUUUGAACUGUGCGUUCUUUCUUAGAUUAAGAGGAUGUAUCUGAUGUAACAGAGCACUGUUUCUGAGACCCAAAAUCUGUUACUUCUGAAGGAAAUGUAUUGCACAGUGUAAGAAUCUGUAAGAUGUAAUUUCACUACAACUGUAUAAACUUAAUGGGAAAUGGAAGAACAUGGUACCAGAAAUGUACAGUCUGUUUUUCAAAUAUUUCCUAGCUACAGUAACCAUGACUUCAUCAGUGAGUAUGAGAAAUCCAUUCCAAUAAAUCUCUUUGGUGAACCUGA